AUGCUGGGUCGGCCCAUCCAAUUCAAAGUGGGAUCUUUCUGGAAAUGGCAAACUGCCAAGGAGCAGCCUGCCAGCUUCACCAGGUGCCCGAAGCCCUGUCGUGUAUACGUGUCUGCAAGCAACGCUACGAGUUUUCCAGAUUCCUUCUUAUCCAGCGAUUCAGGGAACAUUAUAGAGACAAACAAACAACGAAUUAUGCUGCUGACUGAUCCAGAGGUGGAGAGCAGCCUUCUGAUCAGCUCCGACGAAGGAGCGACCUACCAGAAGUACCGGCUGAACUUCUACAUCCUCAGCCUGCUUUUCCACCCCGAGCAAGAGGACUGGAUCCUUGCGUACAGCCAUGACCAGAAGCUCUACAGCUCGGUGGAGUUUGGUCGACGAUGGCAGCUGGUGCACGAGAGAGUGGCUCCGAAUCGUUUCUACUGGUCGAAAAUGGGUUUAGACAAAGAGCCUGGUCUAAUUCACCUGGAAACCAGCAUCUCUGAAGGACAGGCGCUGUAUGUCACCUGCAAGCUGCAAAACUGCACCGAUGCCAACAAGGGCAAACCAUUCCCCGGGUACAUUGACCCCAAUUCUCUGGUGGUGCAAGAUGAGUACGUGUUUGUCCAGGUGUCCACUGCUGGGAGGCCAGUCUACUAUGUUUCUGCAAAAAGAGACAUCUUCACCCCCAUGAAGCUGCCUAAGUACACCUUGCCGAAGGAGCUGCAUGUGAUCAGCACAGACGAGAACCGUGUGGUGGCCGCCGUUCAGGAGUGGAACCAGAAUGAAACCUACAACCUGUAUGUGUCGGACACCUCGGGGGUCUUCUACACGCUGGCCCUGGAGAACGUGGUCAGCAGCAUGGGCCUGGAGGGGAACGUCAUGGUCGACCUCUAUGAGGUAGCGGGAAUAAAGGGAAUGUUCCUGGCAAACAAAAAGACGGACAACCAAGUGAAGACGUACAUCACCUACAACAGAGGCAGAGACUGGAGGUUGCUGCAAGCCCCGAGCAAAGACCUGCGGGGCGGCAGCAUUCACUGUGUGCUGCCGUACUGCUCGUUACAUCUCCAUCUCCAUGUGUCUGCAAACCCCUACACGUCUGGAAACAUCGCCAGCAGGGAGUCGGCGCCAGGGAUCAUCGUUGCUUCAGGCUCCAUCGGCGCGGAGCUGACCAGCAGUAACGUCAGCGUGUUCAUCACCUCGGAUGCAGGGAACACCUGGAGACAGAUCUUUGAUGAGGAGUACGCUGUACUUUAUCUCGACCAAGGUGGAGCCUUGGUGGCAAUAAGACACACUCCGCUUCCCAUCCGACACCUGUGGUUGAGCUUCGACAAAGGACGACAGUGGAACAAGUACAGCUUCACCAACACGCCUCUGUUUGUGGACGGGGUCCUGGGAGAGCCUGGGGAGGAGACGCUCAUCAUGACGAUCUUCGGUCACGUCAGUCAUCGCUCCGAGUGGCAGCUGGUGAAAAUAGACUUCAGGUCCAUCUUCAACCGGAGGUGCACGGAGGCAGACUACCAGACGUGGCACCUACACAACCAGGGCGAGCCGUGUCUCAUGGGCGUGAAACGGAUCUACCGGAAGCUGAAGCCCACCUCCAGGUGCGUGAUGGGAAAGACGUACUCGGUGACGAUGACGUCAGGAUCCUGCGACUGCACGGAGGCGGACUUCGAGUGUGACUACGGCUACGAGAGACGGACGGAUGGAAAGUGCAGCCCGGCUUUCUGGUUCCAUCCAUCGUCCACGUCCAGGAGCUGCACCACAGGAAUGAUGUUCCUCAACAGCACGGGUUACAGGAAGGUGGUGUCUAAUAACUGCACAGCCGGAGUGAUUGCGGAGUACACGGCCCGGCGGCAGCAGUGCCCCAUCCAGGCUCCCCGAGGUCUCCACCUGGUCACCAGUGAGGGCACGCUGACCGCCACGCUGGCCACCAACGUGACCUUCCUGGUUUUUCUGGAGGAGGGGGAUGGCGUGAGGACCAGCAUCACCGUGGACUUCGGAGAUGGCCACGCCUUGACGUAUUCCAACGUGAGCUCCAUGGACGACGGCAUCAAACACAUCUACAAGACCGUGGGAAUCUACCGGGUGACGGCCACGGCGGAGAACAGCCUCGGCUCGGAGACCGCCAGUCUCUACCUGCACGUGACAUGUCAGCUGGAGCAUAUCCAUCUCUCCGCUCCCUUUGUGGCGAUGAAGAACAAGGAGGUGAACCUGACUGCGGUUCUGUGGCCCAGCCAAGUGGGAACGGUCACCUACAUCUGGUGGAUCGGAAAUAAUACCGAGCCUUUAAUCACCCUGGAGGGAAGCGUAGCGUGCACGUUCUCAAGGGAAGGCAUCAACAGCGUCACGGUGCAGGUGUCUGCUGGGAGUGCCAUCCUGCAGGACAGGAAGACCAUCGCCGUCCACGAAUACUUCCGAUCUCAUCUGCUGGCCUUUUCGUCCAACCUGGAUGAGCACAACCCCGACGUUCCAGAGUGGAGGCUGGAUGUGAGCCGUGUCAUCAGGAACGCCCUGAUCCAGGCCACGGGCGUGAGCGAGGACCAGCUUCUGGUCACCGUCCUCCCAGGGUUACCCACAGCAGCUGAGUUUUUCCUCCUGCCCGACAAACAGAAAACUGAAGGGAAACCAGAGAAGAGCUCGGCUCAUUUAGAUCAGCUCUCUGAAGUUUUGCUGAGUGCCUUGAAUCAGAAUCUUGUCCAGUUCACGUUGCGGCCGGGCGUCCAAGUCACAGUGUACACAGCUCACCUGUCAGCAGCGCCCCUUGUGGACACCGGUGAGAACCACAGCGGCUCUGCCAUGCUAAUGCUGCUGUCGGUGGUGGUUGCAGGGUUAGCUGUGUUUGUCAUCUACAAGUUCAAGAGGAAGAUCCCAGGCCUCAACGUCUAUGCGCAGAUGCAGGACGAAAAAGAACAAGAAAUGACGAGUCCAGCUGAUCCAACAAAGGCCACGCCCAGCUCACGGCAGGACCUGGUGCCUUCUUUGGAGAUCCUGGACACCGAGUUCAACUCACGGCCCAUCGUGAAGUGGUCCGGACUACAGAAGGACUGA